GUGUUGCAAGCAACUAAAAGAAAAAGUUUGAAAAGUGUCAAGCAGCAGCCCGGAAAGCUGCAAGCGGCAAGCGGCUCUCCUCGCUCUGUUCUGUUCGGUUCGGUUCGGUUCGGCCAAUAACCCAACGACAUUUUGUGGCAGGCAUGCAAUGCGGCGUGGCGACCCCAACGGGCCAGCCUGCGAGUUAAUUACCGUUAUCCUUGCACAGCAACAACAACAACAACACAAACAACAACUAAACGGUACUCAAGUUGUGGAUUACGAUUACACCCCGCUGUUGCCCCGCUGUGUGAAAGGACAACCACAACGACAUCGACAGAGACAGAGACAACCCCAUACGCAUCUGCAGCCCCAGCAGCAAUCCCAGCACCAGCCACAGUCGCAGCCUCAUCCCAUACGCAGACAAGGCCAAGUCGUCGUCGUCAAGCAAACAUUCCAAUCGGAAACGGGCUAAUUGGCACACUGCGAAUCUCAAAACGAGCUAUUGGUUGACCCGUGUGUAGAAGUCGAAGAGAAAAUCCAUUCCGUUCAUCAUGCGCUAAGCGGAGCUACGACAAGACAACGACGCUAACUAGAGAGAGAGAGAGAGAGAGAGAGAGAGAGAGACGAGCAGGAAGUCAAAGGACACAGCAGGAACGCCCCUCCAACCCGCACGGAAAGAUGCCAUCCAUAGCCAACAGCAGCAACGGGAGCAGCAGCAACUUCCUGACUGUCAACGAUGCGCGUCUCAGUUACGUUGUAAAUCAAGUUGCAUCCUCAACCGCAUCCGCCUCCGGAUCUGGCAGUGCCACUGCCUUUCCCACAUUCAGUCCACCGCGGAUUGAGAGCUUGGUGGCCAGCUCCGCGGAGCAGGAUCUGAGCAGCUUUGGUGAUGUGACAUUCGACAUCUUCGACGACGAUGACGAUUUGUUUGGCUCACCCAUGGCCUUCGAUGCCACCGAGCAGGGACUGUGGAAUGGUCGCUUUGUGCCACCGCCGCCGCGGCCACCCUUCUUCGUCGAUGAGCCCGUGCUGAGCGAUGGCCUGACCACAUGUGAUUUAUGCUCCUGGGCCAUGCCCACAAAGAACACAUUCAUGUUCGAGGGUACGAUAGAAAAAGCCACCGAACUGGGCUGGCCGCUGACGUUGAUCAUUGUGUCGAUGCUGUCGGCGCUGCUAGGCGCCAUCAUCAUGAUUGCUGUGGUGCGAUGUCGGCGCAAAAAGUCCUCCAACAAUCGAAAUGACACGCACGUGCAGUGGUGGUCCCGGAAUAAGCGCGCCCACGGCAAUGGCCUCAAUGGUGCGGGCGGUGGGAGUGGCGCGGGUGCCAGUGCCGGCAGCAGUGCCCAUCUCCACCAUCAUCCCCACAAUGGGAGCAACAACAACAUCAGCAACAACAACAAUCAUCUGAGGAGAAGCAACAUCUAUACGGCACACCCGGCGGACAGCAUACGUUGCCCGUUGCCACUGCCACCAUCCACAUCAUCGCCCACGCUGGGGGGCACAGUCAUGGCCAUGACCAUGUCCCCAUCAUCAUCAUCCACAGCAGCAGCAGCAGCGGCAGCGGCAGCAGGAGCGAAUGGUGUAGCAGCCACCGCGCCGCCGGGACAACACUACUUCCAUCCAUAUCACCAGCAGCAUCAUCCACAUGCACAUGCACAGCAUUCCCAGCAUCCACAGCAUCUCCAUCAUCAGCUUCAACUGCAGCAUCAGCAUCAGCUUCAUUCGCAUGCACAUCAUCCGCAUCAUCAGCAGCAGCAGCAGUCGCAGUCGCAGUCACAGUCGCAGCAGCAGCCGUCGCACCAUCAUCAGCAUGUGCCGCUCUACCCGCAUGACUGUGACGAGGAUGCCGCCUACGAGGAGCCCGAAUAUCAUCAGCCCCAGCAGCUGCAUUCGGCCCACAGCUGCUCCUCCAUUUCGUCGGCCUCGCUCUCGGUUUCGGCCCCCUCCUCGCCCGUGCCCACAGAGGCUUCCUCCUCCGCCCGACUGGCAGCAGCAGCAGCCAUUGCCGCUUGCCAAUGGCCGCAGGCAUCGGCCAGCACGAUGGUGAUUGCCAGCUGAGAGUCGGUUGAAGGCUGCUCCUGGACGGUGCAGCCUCAGGAGCCACCACGAGCGGGCAACGGCAACGCCAACGCCAGCGCCAGCACCAGCAACUGGAUCUGGCAGUGACAUGUUGUGCAACAUUUUAGCUGUGGUAGCUGCCCCGCGGGACUCUGCUGCUUAAGAUGUAGCGCACAUAUUCUGGUGAAGAUCAUAAAAAGGAUUACACGUAACAAUUUUGUCAAGUCCAUAAGCAUCUAAAGGAUACACUCCCCACGAUACACACACAGUGUAUCUGUGUCCCUGUGCGUGUGUGUGUCUCUCCCAAUUGGGGAAAAACCGAAACGAAUUUAGUGUCACUUCCGUUUCCGUUUUGCAAACUAUCGAACCAGACAGGCAGGCAGGCAGGCAGGCAACCAGCAGAUAGAAGGCAGACAUUUUGGGUUUGUGGCAUGGCACCAGCAGCGGCAUGGAGGAGCAGGGCUGCCAGGAUGCUCUCUUUACAUGCCAUGCACGUUUUAUCCUUUAUUGCCGUUCGGCAUUAGAACAGGGAUUUUGUCAGAUUAAAGCAAAUAAAGGGCGUGGCAUGGUGUGGCGUGUGCUUUCUGUUUGCACCCAACAUUCUUCUCGCAUUCGAACUGCCAACUGCCGGGCGAGCGUCGAUGAUGCCACAAGUUUAAAUCGUUGUGCAUGCCCUGUAAAUGAUGGGCUAGAGUAUGCCACACCAGCAGACGCUUAAAUUGCAACUGCAAAUUCGAUAUAGAAUGCCAGCUUAAAGGGUAAACCGUCAGUCGAGUUACUCAAAUGCUCAAAUGUACAAUUUCCUAACUUGUUUUUUUUUUUUUUUUGGGAACAUUUUUCGGCUUAAGCUGUUUUGUGCAUGUGUGUGACAGAGUCUAUCGAUGUGAAUGGUUUUUAUGUGUGUGUGAGUGAGUGUUUUGUGGUGUAGCCUCUCGGGAGGGGAUCUAUCUGCUGGUUCGGACAGGAUAUAUGCCAGGUCCCAGCCCUGCCCUGCCCUGCCGUGCCCACCACACAACUUUGUGGCUUUUCACUUCAUUCCAAUUGACAAGAGCAAAUAGAUUCCACUACUAACAAGAAACUGUCUAAGAAACGACGAACCAUUAAAAACAGUGUAAAUAUCGUAAAAGCAAAUGAAAAAGCAGAGAAAACUUCGAGCAAGUCCAGCCGAAAGCUAUUAAAAAAAAGAUAAAAUAAAACUAAAGUAACCACAAAAUUUCGCAUUUAGUAGGCAUUUGCAUUUGCAUUUUAAAAUAGUCAAUAAUUAAUUCAUGACAAGGCAUAUCACAAAUUUAAACACAAACUUAAAUGAAUACAACAAAAAAAAAAACAAAACUCCGCAAAAAACGUACUUAAAACAAUCAACCGAACUAAACUAACAACUUAAACUAAACGCAAGAAAAAACAACAAACAAUACACUAUUGUAAAUACAAUUUAUUUGCUCCAAUUAGCAAUUAACUAUGGGAGCAUUCAGCAGAAACUUUCAACAACUAAAUAUUGCAUUAAUUUCCAAAACAAAGCAUUCCUCUCUCUCUCACUCACUCUUCCUCUCUCACUCUUGAGAGGCGAAACGCAAAACGAAAAGUUCAAGUUUUUAUUUACAAAACAUUUAUUAAUUUACCAACUUAACAAGUAACAACAACAAAAUGAGCAUAAACCAACCAAAGACUAGUCAUUUAAGUCAAAAUGUUGCUAUGUACAAAAGAAAAAUAUAAAUAUAAAUAUAAAUAUGGGCCGCGUAUGAUUAAGUGAGUUAAUUAAUUCAAUUUAUGGAAUGCAUUCCAUUUGGAACGGGGCGGGGCAUUUAUUAGUUUUACGAAAUGAAAGAACAACUGCAAUAUUGUAUUUUAAAUAUUUAUUCAUUAAAUGUGCACACAUGCUCCUCCUUCUCCCUCCUACUACACCCCUUCUGCCAGCCCACUCCUUCUUCCCUGCCACAAAUAACAAUAAUCGUAAUUAGCAUUUAUAAUGGGAAUUAAAAAAAAGAAACUCAAAACAAAUACACAAAUGAAUAAUAAUGAAAGCGAAGCAGAGAAGAGCGGACAAAAUAUACUACUACGAGCAACUCAAAAUGUUCCAAAAUGUUUAGAAUAGAGAGCCAACUAAUUAUGCGGACAAAGCAAAUAUUGUACAUCCACAAAUCCAAUAGUUUUCGCUAAC